GUCAAAAGUGUACAUUCAUGCCAUUGUCCAAAGCCACCAGUUUUGUGUCAGUUGGCGCACGUCCAAACUAAUCUUCUCAGUCACAUGGCCAACGGCAGCUUCUCAUUGGAUGAGAGGACGGGGUAAAAAGCCUGGCCCAACGGUGUCUCGGGAGUUUUGGUGUCAGAGGCAAAGUGGGCACGGCACGGAUACCCAAAGGUUGUUACAGGGAGGAAUUCCUGGAAAAACAAAGAGAGAGUGACACGGGAAGUAGUGGAAGAGAAGUAAAAGAGAGGAAGUGAUGACCUAAGCGAAGAGAUGAUGAUCCCACAACUAAAUGUCUAACAAGCUCUAGCUUUAACCAACAUACCUAAAGAAGAGGGUCCAGCCCUUAAAGUGAACCAAAUGAUCACCAAAGUAACGCCAUACCAAACCAAGUCCAGCGAGGGAGAGAAAAUCAACACAGAGAGCAUCAAGAUGAAGCUGGAGACAGCCCCAGAUAUGAGUGAGUGGCAAGAGGACGACUUUGCCCUCAACUGUACCUACAUUGUCCCUGACCAGGUGUCAGACCCCAGCAUUGGCGUGCCUAAAGCCAUGACGUCCAUACCCCGCAACCUCACCUUUGAGUACAACACAGAGAAUGAGGUGACAGGUGUUUUCAGCAAAGAGUACAUUCCCCAAGGCACUCGCUUCGGGCCUCUGCAAGGUGACAUCCACAACAAAGACAACGUCCCCAAACAGGCCAACAGGAAAUACUUCUGGAGGAUCUAUAACAGGGGGAGGCUACACCACUUCAUCGACGGCUAUGACGUGCGGAGCAGCAACUGGAUGCGCUACGUCAACCCGGCGCGCUCGCUGUCCGAACAGAACCUGGUGGCGUGUCAGAAUGGACCCGACGUCUACUUCUACACCAUCCGGCCUGUGGAGGCCAAUCAGGAGCUGCUGGUGUGGUACAGCCAAGAGUUCGCCCAGAGACUGUGCAGCCAACCGGGAGACGAGCUCAAACAAAAACACAUAUGCGGAGAUGUCAGAGGAUCUGAGUUCACCAAACAACACCGACCUCAGCCGACCUGGCUCCUGGAAAAGAAGGACGAAAUGAAGGACGAGAGAGAAGAUGAAGGAGAGGAGAGAAUCGACGUAGAGGUGCUGGAGAGAGACACUCCACCCGAUACGCCAGACGACCAAAUCAUGGACUUCAGCCAGAAGAUGGAGAAGGAGGAGGUGACCCAGGACCACCGGGGAGCCACACCCUCUCCUCAACCCAACCAGAGAGAGCCCAAUCUGGCAUCUCACGUCUACGGUUUCCCUGAGCACCACCCUACUGCCCCCUCCCUGCACCGUGACCUCCCCCUCCACCUCCACGGGCUCUACAGCCACAGAGAGGGCCUAGUGUCCUCCUACCCACUCUACUACCCCUCCAGACCCCUUCAAUCCACCCAUCAGCUUCUCCCCACAUACAGCAGGCCCCACUACCCCCACCUCCUCCCCCAGUACUCCCCACCAUUCCCUGGGAUGCUCCCCUCCAGAGGCCCCCUGCAGCACAGUAGCUACCUGGGUAGCGAUGGACUUCCAUACCCCUCCAUGACCUACCAGCCUGGUCUGCUCCCAGUGCCUCUACCCUACCCCGGAGCUACUCAGGGAGAGCUGAAGGAGAGGACCCCAAAUAUGUCACCUCCUCAUGGAGCCCCAGCCACCCCAGAGCUCUCCCCCCUGCCCAAGCAAGAGCACCAGACACCCCUGCACUCACCCUCUGGCUGUGAAGAGGCCAUGAACCUCAGCCUGGCCAUGCCAAAGAGCAGCCCCUCACCGCCCGCUGCCCCUCGGUACAAAUCCCAACCCUACCCCCUGAAGAAACAGAACGGCAAGAUCAAGUACGAGUGCAACGUCUGCCUCAAGACUUUCGGACAGCUGUCCAACCUCAAGGUGCAUCUGAGAGUUCACAGUGGAGAGAGGCCCUUCCAGUGUCACCUCUGUCAGAAGAGCUUCACCCAGCUAGCCCACCUGCAGAAGCACCACCUGGUCCACACAGGAGAGAAACCACACGAGUGCACGGUGUGUGACAAGCGCUUCAGCAGCACCAGCAACCUCAAGACCCACCUGCGACUCCACUCAGGUGAGAAGCCCUACGAGUGCAAGCUGUGUAGCACCAAGUUCACCCAGUACAUUCACCUCAAGCUGCACCGACGUCUGCACAGCGCCUACGACCGCCCCUACCACUGCCCGCUCUGCGCCCACGCCUUCCUCCACCGCUUCUCGUUGCGCAUCCACCAGCGCAGCUGCUGCCCCGCUUCCCAGGCCAGCGCUAACCCCCAUGCCCACGCCCACAUCUGCGAUCUGGUUGAGCGCUUUGACACCAGCCCCGAGGCGGACACGCUGCCUGAAGGGGCAGGGCCGGCCCAGGUGGAAGCUGCAGUGGAGCGCUGGGUGGCCCGGAGCUUGGAAGGGCGAGACGGCAAGGAUGACCAGAGUGAAGCCACCCUGCUGCUCAAGGCCCUCACGGCGGCCAUUAACACCCCAGCUCCUCCCACCACCUCGUCUCAAAGCCCUACUUCAGCCCAUCAGGAGAGGGCUAGCGUGGUACGCCUCUACAACCGGCCAAUGGUGAAGAUGCAAGGGCAGUAGGGCAAAGUGGAGGGACCCUUGUGGGGAGGGAAUAAGAGACAUUUUUAGCGUCUACCUCCUGAAAGAAGGCCAUUUACUGUUGCAAAGCCAGAGAACAAUCGAUAAAGUUGUCGCCAAAAAAAAGUAUUUCCCCAAGGGGAAGAGAGACUAUUAAAAGCCAAUGAGAAAGCCGCACCAAAACAAAGACCAUUCCAAAGACAUGGUGUUUUCUUAUUAGCAGUGAAGUGCUCGCAACUGUUUUCACUCAGGUUUACACUCAGGUUUACAUGGGAUGUGUGAAAGAGUUUGCUGUACCCUGUGCUUGUCAGCUAUAUUUGUUCAGUUGAGUGAUUCUUUGAAUUGUUUGCGUAAUGUUACAUGUCUUGAUACUUCCAAGGAGGCUUAUUCCUUGGAAAACCACUGGACCAUUGCCAGGAACUACUAAUGGGAUAUUUCAUGUUUUAUUAGUGGACAAGUCUUUGUGUGUAUUUAUUUAUUUUUGCUCAAAGGGCGGACCAGGGAUCUUGAAACUAUGUGAAUGUAUUUGCCAAAAAACAACAAGAAUCAAAGACAAUAUGAGGAUAAACGGGUCUAACUUAUGUAGCAUAACUAUUUUUUUUACUUAAAUGGUGUAUUCUAAUGUAAUGUAGCAAAAUGGAGAAAAAAAAGCAAACUUAAAGUAGUCAGAUUGUUAUAAUGUUCCGGUUCGACGCAAAUAGCUUCUCAGGACUUCCUGUGAGUCAUCUAGCGAUGUAUUGGAGGUGCAUACUUGUGCACAGAAACUUGCAAAAAAAAAAAAAAAAACGUUUGUUUUAUCCAUUUUUUUUCUUUGUAUUUUUGUCUGUUAAAACAGGUUAAGACAAUGCAUUUGUAUUUGUAAGACAUUUUCAACAGUUCUGUUCUGUUUUUUUCCCCCAUUGUGUUCCUGAAUAUAUACUGAUAUAGCAUUGUGUUUCUAGCUAUUUCUCUUUGAUUCAGUUGUUAUCUACCGACUGUCGAUAAAGCUUUAUUUCAUUCGUCCUCUAUACUGGUGGUAGAUGUGAGCCAGAACCAAAUGUACUGUAGUCUGUAUUGCACAUACCCCUUUACUCAGUCUGCUCCAAGUAUUACUGUGUAUAUGCUCAGGUGAAUGGCUCUAGUCUUUUGUAUUUUACCAAAACUAUCGACACAAGUACCACUAGCACUGUAAAAAGCCUGGAACUAGAUCCAUGUGCACCUAGGUUUUUUUUUACCUCAAACAAAAAUGGUGGAACAGUUCUAACAUUGUUACUACUCUGAGUCGUGAAUAGAUUUUUUUUAUAUAUACAUAUUUGUAGUUUUUGUACAGUAUUUUGAUGAUACUUUUAUAGUAAAUGUCUCACAUUAAACAUAUUGUUUCUCAAAAUUG